AUGGCUUCUGAUUCAAGAAAACGUUCAUUGGAGGCUUUGGAGAGAAGAAUUAAAACCGAACAUAUAUUAGAAGAAAACAAAAACCAAAAGGCCAAAAUUCAACAUGUCAAAUCAAAUAACAAAAAGCCUAAAAUUCAACAUGUUAAAUCACCUAUUCUUGCACCUUCUACUCCUAAUGAUUCAUCUCGUCCAUCAUCACAUCCACCCCACAAAGCGAAUUUCAGUCUUUUUGGUCGUGGCAUUUCGCAAGACAAAGAAGAUGGCCCGGAAUAUGCCCAACUUUCUGUGACUGUAGAUGAAAAUCUGCUCACAACUAAUGCUGGGUCUUCUUUGAAAAGAGAAUGUUCGGUUUCAGGAAUAUUGCAUGAACUUCUUAAGAAGGGAGAUGCAGCCCAAAAGUAUAUGCAAGGAUCUAGAAGUAUGAAAAUCGACAACUGGAUUCUUCUUGAUAACUAUGUACAAGGACGCGCACUUUCUUCAUCUUCUCAAACUAGAGCUUUGCAAAUUCAUUCAAAACGUUCUAAGAAGCACUUGUCCAUGAAACAACAUAAAAAAAACGGAUCAUUCGAUCUUCCUCAAGAGUUCCAUAAAUUUGAUAUUUUCAAGCCAAUGCAUGAAAUGUGGAAAGACUAUAUAAUGCAGUUGCAUAAAUCCACUGGGAAAAAUCAACUGGCUCAAUGUCUCCUUGGUGCAGAUCUACACGGUGCUAUUAUUUUAGUUGUGGAGUGUAAGCUAACCCAUUUUACCGGAACGGGUGGCAUUAUGAUUCGUGAAACCGCAGAAGCUUUUGGGAUAAUUACUGAAAAUAAUAAAUUCCGAGUUGUUCCUAAGAAGGGUUCUGUCUUUAGACUCCAAGUUGAUUGCUGGAAAGUCACACUGCAUGGAGAUAAACUUGAUUCAAGAAAAGUUGGAUUAUGA